AUGGAGAUGGACAAAAACCUUCUUACGGCAAUGGUGGAAAGAUGGAGAAAAGAAACGCACACAUUCCACCUUCUGGAGGGAGAGAUGAUGAUUACGUUGAAGGACGUGGCCAUGCUGACAGAGCUUCCAAUCGAUGGUGAUGCAAUAAUAGAAAGUUCACAUAAACCAUUUAAUGGUUGGGGCCAAUUUAUAAGCGAGCGUUUAGGCAUCAACAUUCCCAAGGAAGCACCAGAAGGUCGUCGUGUACCACCUCUACACCAGUCUAUGCUAUUGAUACCUUGGCUAGUGAGGAUGGCUCGAGAAUUACCGGAGGAUGCCACGGAUGCUUAG